CAGCAGACAAUUUCAAGCAAACAAGGCAUAAGAAGCUUGAACCCUUAAAAGAGUCAGUUUCAGACAUAUUCAAUGGCAUCACUUCAGUGCCACAAGCCCGCUCAACAUGCCCCAUCCACUGUCUGUCAAAAAACCACCACUGUGACUUGCCACAAGGCCAACAAUGAGCACCACUCUUACGCUGACAAAAUGAAAGAUAUGACCGUCAAAAUGUUUCACCAUGACAAUCACAAUCAGCAUUCUGCUUGCUACGGCACCAAAACUAACCAAUCUGCUGCAUGCCAUGGCACCAAAACUCAGCAAUCUGCUGCAUGCCACGGCACCAAACCUCAGCAAUCUGCUGCAUGCCAUGGAACCAAACCUCAGCAAUCUGCUGCAUGCCAUGGCACCAAAACUCAGCAAUCUGCUGCAUGCAGUGGAACCAAAACUCACCAAUCUGCUGCAUGCCAUGGCACAAGUGCAACUGCUGCACAUGCUGGGGCUUGUGGAAAGAAAAAGGAAGGGAAUUUCAUGCAUAAGAUGCGUGAUCAAAUGAGAAGCAGGAGGAACAGGAACAAGGACGGAAGUUGCAGCGACGGCAGUGACAACAGCAGCAGCAGCAGUGAUGAGAGCGACGAUGAAAACUGCGGAAGGACCAAGAAGAGAGGGAACUGCUGAUGAAGUAAGCUACAGAAAUCAGACAAGCAAGAGGCCGAAGCUAUAUAAUAAGGAACUUCUGCUGCUCAGUGAAUGCUGUACUUUAUUUAAGAGAAAGAGCUCUUUGUUUGUCUCUAUAUCUGUUACUGUGUGUGUGCGUGAAGUGUGUUCCAUGAAUAAAUGCUAAUAUGUUUAUGUAAUUACACUAUGUCAACUUGUCUACUAAUAAAAGAUGGUUUGUUGUCU